AUGCAAAAUCGAGUUACAGAUGUGUUUAAAUGUGCUGAUAUUUUGAAAGGGAGAUAUGACGAGAAGAUUUUAGUUGUCGAGGUGCUCAAUGGCAUUUUAGUCUUCUCAAAGAGAGAUUUAGUGAAAAAAAUUGACUGGAAAACAGAAGGCGGUCUAAAAACGAUUAAACCAGUUGCACUGGGGACGACUCAUGUGUGUACACCUGCAGUCGAACAAAGUGCUGUCAAAACAUCAGAGUUGUCAACUAAAAAUCUCGAGAUUCCUGUUGUCGGAACAAAACGCACAGUUGAGGAGAAAAUUCCAAUUGAAAAACGCGUGGUGGUGGACGUUCCCCCAAAGAUCGAUGAAAUCAAAGUCGAACCAAAACUCGACAUGGAGUUGAAAAGCGAAAUCACAUGGAUGUGCACUGUUGAAGGUGGCGACUACUUGUUGCUUCAGUCUUUCAAGACGUUCUUCGCCUAUAAGCGCGUCAACGGAAAGUACGUCAUUCACUUCACUCACCCCCCGAAGAAAAUUGACUUCAGUCGGGAGAAUGUCAAUUACUCGGACAUCACCGGACGAAUCACCAGAAAUGGAAGUUACGCUGUGUUUUCAUUGGCGGAUCGUUGUGAAUUGUACAAAUGCAAAGAUUGCAAGAAACUCAUUGCAUUCUCGGCGAUGACGGGUACCGUCAAGUCGUCCGUUGUGUCAAUGUUCCCGAACGAUUUUAAUUUGAUUUGUGUUGGUACAACAGACGGCGGAGUGUCAGUCUAUCGCGCAGAUAAGAACUUUUUGAACGUGAAAAUACCGUCGAAGGUUGGAGGACCAGUUGCUAGUUUGCUCUUCUCACCAACAACAGCAAAGGACGCGGACAGUCCAUUUUUUGUCAUAAGCAGAAAUGGGAGAAUUACGAAGUUACAAUACAACAAGAAGAGUGAGCCACAGAACACUAUAUCGAUGAUUGGGAAUGAAGUCGAUUUGAAAGUUGAAAAUGUCAAAGAUGCGUUUUUGUCAAGUAAUGGGAAAAUAAUCUACAUCGUUUAUGAAAAGGGUAUCAAGGAAGUUCAGUUGGAUACCUCAAAGCAAAGGGUGAUUGAGGUAAAUAACAUUGUUGCGGCAUGUGUCAACAACAAAGGUGUCGUUGUUGUAGUGAACAGUGAGGGUGUGUUUAAAGUGCAAGAGAAGGAUUUGAGUUUAAUCCGAGUGAAUAUGCAAAUGGACAAAGCAGACGUCACUUAUGUUGUGGCAGACAAGGAAGGAAACUUUGUAUUUUCCACGAAGACGGGCAAAGUGUUCACAACAACUAUUAAUUGA